AUGCGGGCUUUCAUUUUGUCUUCAGCCAUGGCGGCUACUCUCGCCCAGGCCUACACAGUCACUGUCGCCGAUCUUUUCAUGUACAAAAACAUUGACCCCAUUGUGGUUCCUGGUGAAUAUAAAAGCCAUAUGCACAGCUUCUUUGGCUCGGACGCAGUCACCAUCAAUACGAACUCCUCAGCCGAGCUCCAGAAGGGCUGCUCAACUGCCGAAAACCCCAAUGAUUUCUCCGUCUACUGGGUUCCAACCCUCUACCACGUCGAAGGGAACACCUACACCCCCAUCAAGCCAAUGCGCUUCAGCGCCUACUAUGUCGACAUCGACAAGGCCGAGAUCGCCAUCCCCCAAAACUACCGCGACCUAGCCGGCAACGCCGCCGCCAAAUCCCAAGCCGAUGUGGACGAUGCCGCCGGCAUCUCCUGGUUCUGCGAAGGCGAGGCAACCGACAACAACAAAGACCCGGCAGCCUUUCCCACCAAGACCUGCUCCACUCAUAUGCAGACCCUCCUGCUCUUCCACGACUGCGUCAACCCCGACACCCUGGAAUCGGCCUACUCGAAGAAUCCCCGCGUGGCGAAGGGGUAUGGCGACAACUGGUGCCCUGCUGGCAUGAAACGGGUUCCGAGACUGAGGUUCUCGAUCCGUUAUGAUCUGAGGAAGAUCCUGCCCAAUGGGUGGAAGGGGACCCCGCCCCUUCAGCUCGCUUGUGGCUCUUCGUACUGCUCGCAUGGCGAUUUUAUUAUGGGGUGGUUGCCCGAGGCGGCGGAGAAUAUGCUGCAGGCGACCUCGAAGCGGGAGUUUAAGAGCGUAGAAGGGCCACUUGGAAAGGGGAAUGUUGGCUCUGUUUGUGCAAAGGGGACCGCUAAGGAUGCGGAUCCGGAGCAUGGGACUGGUGAUUACUUAGAGAGUUUGAAGAUGAUGGGCAAGUCGGCCAUGGCCAGGAGACAUUUGGGCCGUCGUCGUCAUCGGGGUUAG